AUGCCGGCGGCGGCGGGGGACGGGCUCCUGGGGGAGCCGGCGGCGCCCGGGGGCGGCGGCGGCGCGGAGGACGCGGCCAGGCCGGCGGCGGCCUGCGAGGGAAGUUUCCUGCCGGCCUGGGUGAGCGGCGUGCCCCGCGAGCGGCUCCGCGACUUCCAGCACCACAAGCGCGUGGGCAACUACCUCAUCGGCAGCAGGAAGCUGGGCGAGGGCUCCUUCGCCAAGGUGCGCGAGGGGCUGCACGUGCUGACCGGGGAGAAGGUGAGCCCCGCGCGCUCGGGCUGCGGGACCGCGGCGGGAGGGGCGGCCGGGGCCCCGCCGAGAGCACUGCACUGGGAGUCCGGCUGCGUAUUCCCGGGCCCGGCGCCUCCGCCUGACUUUCCUCUCGGGCUGAAAGAGUCGAGCCAAACGCGGGCUCAGGUUCCCGCGGCCGGGUCACCCGGCCUUUCCGAUGGGCGAUCUGGGGUCUCCGUUUCCCCGCGGGGCGGCUGA